AUUGGUGAUGGUGGUGGCCUCCCAAAAACACAGCGAGAGAAUUUUCGAGCGAAAAACGAAGAGAUGUACGGGUACACGGGCGUGAGUAACAAGGGUGGAGAAGUAGACCUAGAAUCAGGGGAGACCUUGUAUCCAGGUUUGAGCUAUGGCGAAAAUCAGCUCCGAUGGGGUUUCAUCCGUAAGGUGUACGGAAUUCUUGCGGCGCAGAUCGUUCUCACCACCCUUGUCUCCUCCGUUACCGUUUUAUACUCUCCGAUCAACGACCUUCUCCGAGGAAAUUCUGGUCUUCUUCUGUUCCUUUGCUUCCUUCCCCUAAUCUUAUUAUGGCCAAUGUACAUUUACAGGCAGAAGCACCCUCUGAACCUCGUCUUCCUCGGACUUUUUACGGCUACACUAAGCCUCACGGUUGGCGUUAGCUGCGCUAACACUGAUGGGAGGAUUGUGCUUGAAGCACUAAUUUUGACCUCAGCUGUUGUUUCUUCCUUAACUGGGUACACAUUCUGGGCCUCAAAGAAGGGCAAAGAUUUCAGCUAUCUUGGACCGUUUUUGUUUACUGCCCUAAUGAUCCUCCUCCUCACUAGCUUCAUUCAGGCAUUCUUCCCUCUGGGUCCUACUUCCACAGCAGUUUACGGUGGAAUUGGUGCGAUAAUUUUCUCGGGUUACAUUAUAUAUGAUACGGACAAUCUGAUCAAGCGUUUUACAUAUGAUGAUUACAUAUGGGCUGCAGUCACUCUGUAUCUAGAUAUCCUGAACUUGUUCCUGACCAUUUUGCGGAUGCUGAGACAGGGAGACAACUAGGUGGACAAAGUUUUCUGUACCUCAAUUCAAGCUUCCAUCGCUCAUAUAUGUCUGGUUGAAAUAAUUGUUGGUAGAAAAAGAAAAAGAAAGGAAGGUACAUAAUACUCUGAAGGAUUUUCAUGUUGGCUUUUAGUUUUUAUUGUGACUGAAUGAAGUUUGAUAAUUUAGUUCAAUUUGUCCACCUAAACUGUGUUACAUAUAUCUAUAUAUAUACCUUGUUUGUAAA